AUGAUAACCGGUGGGACAUCUGGCAUCGGCUUCGCCAUUGCCGAACGAUUUCUUCAAGAAGGGGCAUCGACUAUAGUCCUCGUCGGCCGAUCUCAAACACGCCUAGAGGAAGCAGGCGCAAAACUUGAGUCUCUCACAAUUACAGAACCAAACCUUGGUGAAAGCGAGAGUGAAAUCGCAACUCGCGCUCCAGAAGAAGACAACCAGCAAAGCGCACAAGGAAAUAUUCGUCUACUUGUCGGAGACGUCUCAGAUGCCGGAUCAUGGAUGCGGGAACUCGAGAAGGAAAUGGCGAAUGUAGAUAUCCUGGUCAACGCGGCAGGAAUUUCGAUAUCGAGCAUUCUGCCAAGAUCCGAGCUUGAAGAUAUCUCCACAAUCCUACGUACUAAUCUCGAAGGCGCAAUUCUCACUUCGCGCGCACUAAUGCGUGCCUCAAUUCGGAGCCGGAUACGUAAUCGGACUGAUCCAGCUACGGGGACCAAACCUCCCUCGAAAUGCAUUAUUAAUGUGUCUUCUCUACUUGCGCUCAAGAGCGGAACUGGCGCAGUUCCAUACGCUGCUUCCAAGGCUGGCCUUCUCGGUCUGACACGGUCAUUGGCUGUUGAGGCAUCGGCUUCAAUGAAAGAUAUUGUGAUUCGGUCGAAUGUUAUCGUGCCGGGGUAUAUUGAAACACCUAUGGUUGCAGACUUCACACCUGGGGAAACGAGCAGGCUGAAGAAUCUCAUUCCUCUGCAUCGAUUUGGAGAUCCACGCGAGAUCGCUGAUGCAGCUGUGUUCUUGGCGCAGAACGAAUAUGCCAACAAUUGUGUGCUCAAUCUUGAUGGUGGACUGAGUGCUGUUUGA